GGAGGAAGAUGCUGCCGCUCGGUCUGAUGCUGCUGCUGCUCACGGCCGCCGCCGCCGCCGCCGCCGACCUACCCGGGACAGGCUCUCCGCCGCUCCGGGGACCGGGGCUCGGCUUCUCUCCGCCGAUCUCCACCUCUGCCUCCGCCCCGCCGCUCCUCCUCCUCCCGCAGCCCCGCGCAGAGUACGGGGCGCCCGGUGUCGCCUUGGCCCGGUCCGCGGCGGAGGAACCGGCCAGUACCGGAGAGGAGGAAGAGGAGGGGCAGCAUCAUCAUCAUCACGGCGGCGGGUUCCGGGUGGUCCAAUGGGAGUGGAGCUACGUCCAGACUCCGUACAUCAUCGCCACCUGGCUACUGGUGGCCAGCGUGGCCAAGAUCCUGUUCCACUUCUCGCAGCGCUUCACCACGGUGGUUCCAGAGAGCUGCAUGCUGAUCCUUCUGGGUCUGGUUCUGGGCGGGGUUGUCCUCAUAGCCAAUAAGAAGCAGCUGUACCAGCUGGAGCCCGCCCUCUUCUUCCUCUUCCUGUUGCCGACCAUCGUGGGCGACGCCGGGUACUUCAUGCCGGCCCGCCUCUUCUUCGACAACCUGGGAGCCAUCCUGACGUACGCCGUGGUGGGAACGCUGUGGAACGCCUUCUGCACCGGCUUCUCCCUGUACGCCGCCAAACUGCUGGGGGUCAUAGAUGAGCGUGUGCAGGCAGACCUGAUGGACUUCCUGUUGUUCGGAGCGUUGAUCUCAGCUGUUGACCCCGUGGCGGUGCUUGCCGUGUUUGAGGAGGUUCAUGUCAACGACACGCUCUUCAUCAUCGUGUUCGGAGAGUCGCUGGUUAACGACGCUGUCACAGUGGUUCUAUAUAAGGUCUACAUCUCCUUCGUGGAGGUCGGAGCGGAGAACGUUCAGACAGCUGAUUACUUCAAAGGAGUCGCCUCCUUCCUCAUCGUCAGUGUUGGUGGGACUCUGGUGGGUCUGGUGUUUGCAGUCCUCCUCGGCUUCAUCACUCGGUUCACCAAGAAGGUUCGGAUCAUCGAGCCGCUGUUUGUCUUCCUGCUGGUCUACCUGGCCUACCUGACCGCUGAGCUCUUCUCCCUGUCCGCCAUUCUGUCGAUGACCUUCUGUGGUAUCGGCGCCAACAAGUACGUGGAGGCCAACAUUUCUCAGAAGUCUCGGACCACGGUGAAGUACACGAUGAAGACGCUGGCCAGCAUCGCUGAGACCAUCAUCUUCAUCUUCCUGGGGAUCUCAGCAGUGGACAAGUCCAAGUGGGCCUGGGACACCGGCCUGGUGUCCUGCACGCUCGUCUUCAUCCUCGUCUUCAGAGCUGUGGGUGUGAUUGGCCAGACCUGGAUUCUGAACCGCUUCCGCCUCGUCCCAUUGGACAAGAUCGACCAGGUGGUGAUGUCGUACGGCGGCCUGCGAGGGGCGGUGGCGUUCGCUCUGGUGGUGCUGCUGGACGGCCAGCAGGUCAAAGCGAAGGAUUACUUUGUCGCCACGACGAUUGUGGUCGUCUUCUUCACCGUCAUGUUCCAGGGUCUCACCAUCAAACCUCUGGUGAAAUGGCUCAAAGUUCCUCGAUCCACCAGCAGGAAGCCGACCAUCAACGAGGAGAUCCACGAGAGGGCCUUUGACCACAUCUUGACAGCAGUGGAGGACAUUGCAGGACUGCAGGGGUACCACCACUGGAGAGACAAGUGGGAGCAGUUUGAUAAGAACUACCUCAGUAAGCUGCUGCUGAGGAAGUCUGUGUACAGGAAGAGUGAACUGUGGGAAGCCUAUCAGAAGAUCAACAUCAGGGACGCCAUCAGUGUCAUCGACCAGGGGGGGAACGUCCUGACCUCAGCCAGACUGUCUCUGCCCUCGAUGGCCAGCAGAGCCUCGUUCCCUGAAGUCACCAAUGUCACCAACUACCUGCGUGAGAACGGCAGCGGUGUGUGUCUGGACCUUCAGGUGAUCGAUAACGUCCUUGGAGCCAAAGUAGAGGAGGACAUGGAGACGCAUCACGUUCUGGCAGGGAACCUGUACAAACCCAGGAGACGGUAUCAGUCCCACUACAGCCGUCACUUCAUGCCUCUGGGGGAGAAGGAGCGUCAGGACCGGGAGGUGUUUCAGAGGAACAUGAAGAGCCGCAUGGAGACGUUCAAAUCCACCCGACACAAACGACACAAGAAGGAGAGGAGCCUGAAGAAGCGCCGAGGAUCCGACGCCAAGGAGGACGGCAGCGACAAACCCAGACGCAACGUCAGCUGGCAGGACAAGAACCCAGUGGUGGUCCCUGUGGAGUCAGAGGAGGAGAAAGGUGAACAUUCAGACCCUGAGAAGGACGAAGACGUCGGCAUCACCUUCAUCGCUCGCAAGGUAGAGACGCCAAAACAACGACCCACAUCAGUUCCUGCAGCUCUGGAGGCAGUUCAGAGUCCAUCAGCCGGCCCCUCCUCCCCCCCCAGUGCAGACAGCCACCUGCCGUGGAAGGGCGGCGUGGGUUCUCCUCCCCCCUGCGUCUCCGUGGAGGCCACAAAGAUCAUCCCUGUGGACCUGCAGCAGGCCUGGAACCAGAGCAUCUCCUCCCUGGAGAGCAUCUCCUCGCCGCCCGCACACACGGAGCCCAUACACCCCCGUGUCAGCGCCCUCUCCAGGCUGGGAGGCCCCCGCCCGGCCUCCUACACCCCACCAGGCAGCGCGGCGGGCAGCAUGGCAGGCAGCACCUCCUCCAUCGGAGCUCAGGUGUCGCAGGGCUCCUUCAGCUUCCCAGAGAAGAAGAAGAAGGAGGAGGAAGAAGAGGAGGAGGAGGAGGGAGCGCUGCAGGAGAUGCAGCCGCUCAUGUCGUCUCUGAGGCCCCCCGGCUCCCUGCCCCCACCCCCGCCGCCGCCAGGCUCCGCCCUCGGCUCAGGGAGGAGGAGGAACCCCUGCGUCUACCUGAGGAGCCUGGUGACGGCGCCGCCGCCUGGCAGCGGCGAGCCGCACAGCCGAGGCCCCACCCAGCUGUAACAGAUCCCACAUCAGUCAAAUGUCUGACGCCUGCAGAGCGGACUGCAGGACGCCAUCACUGCAACACACACACACACACUCACAUAUACACAUAUAUAUACACACACACACACACACACACACAUCAGGCGGCCCGUCACAUCGUCCAAUCAGAAAGCAGCUCCCUGCGUCUCCUCUCAGCUUCACAGUGUCACUCUGAUGGUGGGUCAUGAGACCCUCCUGCAGUCCGAGUCAGCUUAAAGGUUUACUCUGCACCACCCGUCCGUCAGUCUGUCCGUCAGUCUGUCUGUCAGUCUGUCCGUCAGUCUGUAAACACCAUCAUCAGUGAACGUCAGCCUCUUGAUCUGGAGCUUUGUCCACUCGUGUUUCUCCCCGAUACAUUUGUGUUUAUCCAGCACUCUCUGUAAUUUUCAGAGCUUUCUCUGCUUCCUGCUGUGUACGCUCUGACACCUGCUCAUUAACUUGUUAUAAAGUCCUGAUGUCACCUGAGCGCUGUGACCACAAACGUCCCAAACAACAGCAACAUAAGACCACCGCACACUGAGAGCAGUGAUAGGGCCCAAACCAUACUUUAAAAACGGUACUGGUGCCUUAAGUGAUACUUAAACCUCCUGGUUGUAUGACUCCGCCCACCAGUCCACCCUGUGGUUGUAUGACUCCGCCCACC